AUGUCGUUCGGCCUUCACUCCCCGCUCCGCGCCGGGGGAAGUCGGGCCCCGCACCGCGCGCACGGGCGCAGGACCACCCCGCAGCGGCGCCGUCGCGAGCAGCCUCCCGGCCUGGCGCCGGCCCCGACCCGGCCGCAGGAAGGCCGCCCGUGCCUCCCCGCCCGUCGGGGCUCGCGCUGGCCCGACCGGCCGCCGCCCGAGGACGGCUCCCACCCGCACGACCGGCCGGGACGAGCGCCCCGUCCCCGGCCGCGCACAGACCCGCGCCGACCGCGCCACCGCCAUGGCUCCCCCGCGCCGGCAGCAGCGGGCGCUCCCAGGCGGCGCAGGGCGCGGGCACGGCCGGCGGGGCGGAGCGGGCGGCCGGCUCCGGGACGCGGCGCGGCGCGCGGGGAACUCCCGCACACUUGCUCGGAGCCCCGCCAACUCUCCCGGAGCACUUCCCGGGCCCGCGCGCCCGCACCCGCACCGCGACAGCUCACGGCCACACGCGCCGUCCCCGUCCGAACUCCCCAGGACACCCGCUCCCCUCGCACCCCGGGCCGCACCGCGCGCGCCGGACCCGGACCCCCCCCCGCGCCCCCCACCCCGCCGCUGCCCCCGGGGCCGGGGGAUGCUCCCGCCGCGCCGCCGCCGCGCGCCAGCGAACCUGUCAGGGGCCCGGGCGGCUCCGCCUCCGCCCGCCGACGUUCCCGCCCCUCCCCCAGCCCGGAGCCCGCCCGCCAGGGACACCCCUUCCCCCCCCCGCCCCGCCGGGAGGGACUUCCCGGGCCGCCCAGGAUCCCCGCGCCUCGCUCCCCUCCCCCACCUCGCCGCCGCGCUCCCGGAGGUCCGGGUCCGGGAGGUGACAGGGGCGCCCGGGCCGCCCGGGCUCGCCUCGCGCGCGGAGCACUUAGGCCCGAAGCCUCCGCGGGCGGCUCUGCUCACCGUGUCAGAGGCCGAGGCCGCGCGAGCGGGGAGUGCAGGGAAGUGGGGAAGGGGGGCGGCCGCCAGGCAGGCUCCUCGGCGGCCCCGGGUCGGCGGCGGCUCCCUGCCGCUCGUCAGGAGGCGGCCCGCGGGGGCGCGGACGGGCGGAGCCGCGAGCGGGGAGCAGGGCCGGGCGUGCGGCCGCGCAGGGCCACCGAGGGGAGGCGGUCCCGCACGCCGGGCGGGGAUCGGCCGCCCCUCCGCACAGCGGACCCAAAAUGGCGGCGGGAGCGGCGGCGGCGGCGGCGGCGGCGGCGGCGGCUCGGGAGGGAGGGCGGGCGCGAGCGCAGGGCGCCGCCGCCCCCCACCUCGCGCCAGGCCCGGCCCGCGGCGCCCCCCCGCCCCCGACUCGGGCCGCGCAGCGCGCACGCCCGCCCGCACGCGCCCGACGGGCUCCGGGCUCGCCGCUCGCUCGCCCCCGACCCCCGCCUUCGGCCGCCCGGCGCGCCCGCCGGCCCGUCGGCGCUCGCUCGGGGGCGCCCGCCCGCGCGGCCCUCCGCCCCCCCUCGGCCCCUGUCAGGACGGCCGGGCGCGGGCCCUCACGCGUACCUUCGGCGGCGCGGGCCCCGGCCUCCUCCUCCGCCUCCGCCUCCGCCUCUUCUCGCCUCCCCCCCUUCCCCGCCCCCACGGCCACCAACCGCCGCCACGGCCGCCGCCGCCGCCGCCGCCGCCCCCCCCACAUGCCCUCCGCCCCUUGCGCGUGCGCCUCCCACAAUCCCCCCCGCCGGACCGUUCCAUUCCGGCCGCCGCGGGAGCGGGACGGGGGAGGCCCGGCGCCGCGGCGGGGCCGCCGUGAGGGCUGCAGCCCGGGCGAGGGGCGGGCGGGGGCCCGGGACGACUCACCGCCGCGGCCGCCGCGCCGCGCCCCCGACGCUGGCUUCCGCGCUCGGCCGCCGGGCCGCGGAGGGCGCGUCGAGGGCGGCCCGGCUCCCCCCGCCCCCGGCUGGCGGGUGGACGCCGCGGCGGCUGCGCGCUGAGCCGCUUCCUGCUGAGCGGGCCGAGCUCGCCGGGCGUCUGCGGGCAGCGCCGGGAGCGGCCGGCCCUCGGCGGCGCGUGCGGCUCGCGGCCCCGGGACCGUCGCGGGGGAAGGUCCGGCGCUCGCGGGCGGGGAGCGGGAUCCGAGCGCCCACCAGGUAG